AUGACUGAUACGCAGCAUCUGCUUGUGGCGGAUGCUCUUCCUAUAGAAAACAGCACCACUCCAUCUAAAAAAGGACAUCGCCACAAAAGAUCUUUUGCGAUAUCGGGAGAUUUCGAUUUCUUGAAGCAGCCUGGCACUGUACCUCCGAUGAUUUGUUCUUCUCCCGGGUCUGCCACUACGAAUUCAUAUACCCAUAAUAUACAAACAGGGCAGCGCCAAGAAGAUAAUUACUCAUGCCCAUCGGAGGCCAUGCCCCGAUCUCCAUUUAAGCUGUCUAAUCAAGCCUCAAAUUUAAGUCCACGAUUUUUCAUUAGUGAGGAACCAAAGUUCUCGUCCCCAUUUCGUGGCGUUCCGGAUGCAAUCAUCAAUCUAGAUGAUGCAUUGAAGGCAAAACCAAGAUCCUUCAAGAAUCAUAAACGUUCGGAGUCGGCCCCUCCGGAUCUUGCCAUCCUUCUUAACUCUAAGAAUUCUACGAGUGGAACGGUUAUGAUUGAGGAAGAAGAUGACGAAUCGCCCACUAAUUCAGACAGUAGUGGUAGCUCAAAUACUGAAAAAGACACGGUUUUCCCAAGUCUAAUCUCUCCACUUCGGCCGCAAUCUCCAACUCCCAAUCCUCACAACUAUGAUAUGAAUGGUUCGCCGGUUCAAUCGAAAAAUACGGGCUAUACUUCUAACAGCAGCAAAGUAAAUACUUUGAAAAUAAACGGGCAAAAGCAAAGGUAUCAUUAUUACACCAAGAAAUUAUCCAUAAAUGCUAUCUCUAAUGUAGAGCCUCAGUCCCUGAAGGAGAAGGGCUCUUUUGGUUCGCUGUCGUCCGGAGUGAAUAGGACGCCUUUAUCAACUGCCUGCACGCCGUUGAUGCAGAUAUCGACACCUUCUACUCCUGUUUCAUUAAAUAACAAUAAUGCAAUCUUUAACGCAUACAAAUACGAAGGAUUUGAGAAGGGACCCAUAAGUCCGGUAAGAGUCCAUCGAUCUUCAGUUUACAAUAAUCGAAAUAUGACUCAACAAAACCACAACAACAACAGUAAAAAAAACACAAAUGCAACCUUCAAAUAUGAAAGUAUAAGCUAUGAUAUACCACAAGAACCGAACAAAUGCGACUCAGUUUCUUCAAGAGAUGAUAAAACGCUCAUGAAAAAGGAUAUAAUUUUCCAGGAUGAUGGCGAUGUCACGGGCUCUAUAAAGCAGGAUGAUGCCAAGUUAGAGCUGUCCCCUUACGAAGAACAAAGAAAUGAAAAUGUUCUUUCGAAAGAAAUUCUCUUUGGCGAACCUGGGGAUGCUGUUGACCUUUCCACAUUGCCUUCAUCAAGAAGAAGCUCUAACGAGAAUAGAGAACCUUUAUCAAAACAAGAAAUGGCACCAAUAAUGCAGGUCACUAGUUUUGUUAAAGAGUCUCGUUCGCGUGGUUUCGAAGCCUCUCAGGAUUCAAGAAGCGUUAGUGAUAGUAUACUUUUGACGGGAGGUAGGCCUCACAGGCAUAAGAAAACUGUAAAAUCCAAAUUGAACAACUUUUUCGCUAAUUUUUUCAGCAAGAGUAGUAAUGAAAGUAACUUGAGUGAGAAAAAGCCAUAA